CAUCUUUUGCUAGUAUCGCAAGAGAAAAUGAUAGGAUGUUUCAAGUAAGAUACUCUGCUAAAGUAGGCAGGAAUUAGUCAUUGUAAGGAUAAAAAGUAAUGUUUCAGCGUCAGCAGCUUUAUAGAGUGGGGAUGGGACAAAAACUAGGCCUUAGCUUCUUUCCUUUCUCUUAAGUUGAAACGGUCAGAAAUGCAGUUACCCCAACCUGCUGCAGGCCGAACACCCUUACUGGGUUCCCAGCACCAAUUCCUUUAUCAGAGCUUCAUUUUGGACACACAAUCACGUAAGCGGUGGUUUGAUAUGUUACCUUACCCAGUGGAGAGAAUAUAUCUGCACCAUUUCUUUCUGAACAUUUAUGGAAAAACUAAAAAAGGAAGUGUAAAGAGUCACAUCCGUGACCAGCUAUUAGGGCUAAACUAAACUACAAGAUACAGUGAGAGAAGAGUGUAUUUUGGGCACAGGAAGAAGCAGAAUACGAAGGAAUAAAAAUGGAAGGGCCGGAAACACACUGAGACAUGGACAUAAUUUAUCCCUUAUUCUUCCUGCUCGCUGGCCUCAGGGCAGCUACUCCAACACAACACGACCCCAUCAGCCUUUUCACUCCUUUCUUCCCUCUCCUGGAAAGUCAAGAUGCACAUGCUUUGGGCACAACUGAACACUCUCUGCCUUCUUUUAUAAAGGCUGGAUUUUCCCCCUUUGGCUUUCCUCUGUACCUAAAAAUGCUGUGUUUCACUUUUCUGUCUAUACCCGCGAUGGGACUUAAACUAACGUGGCCCUGCUCUUCCUGCAGGUUCUGCUUUCAGCAGAAGCACUUAUGGACCCUGCACCGAAGGUCAUCAGAUGAACUUACAGGACCCAGGACCUAAAUGACUGGCGAAGAGACACAACAUAACUAUAGAAGCAGAAUGUUACCAAGGGUAUUUAGAUCUGCAUGGGAUCUAAACCAGCACCAAGGUCAAGUGGGGAAGGCCCUUCCCUUGGAGGUUAGGAUCUAUGAUCACACUUGCCCAGCACUUCUUCAGCAUCACACACAGACACAAGUCAAUGGUGGGGACCAGCUGUGUGAGUAGGAGCUUGAGAGAGAAUGCUAGGCCCCAGCUGCUUACAUCUGGGAGGCAGGAUGCUGGGGACUCAGAUGUCUUGCAGGAAAGGGACGGGAGUCCUGCAUCUCAGUGUGGGGGAGGGGGGAGCGGGGGUCAGGAGCAGGGAGUGAGUGAAUCUGGAGGUUGGGUUUCGGGGCAGUUACCAGGUCCUGCCGGGAGAGGCUGCUUAUGGACGCAACCGUCCCCAUCAUCACAGGGCUCCAUGACCUUUGAGGACGUGGCCGUCUACUUUUCCCAGGAGGAGUGGAGGCUUCUUGACGAGGCUCAGCGACGCCUGUACCGGGACGUGAUGCUGGAGGUCUUUGCACUUGUUGUGUCAUUGGGCUGCUGGCACGGAGCAGGGGCUGAGGAGUCACCUUCCGAGCAGAGCGUCCCCAUAGGAGUGUCACAGGUCAGCAUCACGAAGGCAGAUCUGUCCCCCCACGAGGUGCGCAGCCCAGACUCCGAAGGGGAUUUGCAUCCAGCCGAGAGCCCGGGAGCAAGCCCUGGACAGAAAGUGUGUGGGACGGGGGAGAAGCCUCAGGAGCACCAAAAGUGGCACAGUAGAGAAAGAUGCCCGCGAAGGAACAUGAAGAGCCAUGCCAACCACCCCCCACCACAGAAGCCCGUCCCUGCUGGCCCAGGCCUUCUCCCCCAGCUCGCUCACAGUCGGGGGACACCCACUGAGGACACCAGCUGUGCAGAGCCCUUUCACCACGGACAGAGGCGCUACAAGUGCAGUGACUGUGGGAAAGCCUUCUGCCGGAAAUACAGACUCACCCAGCAUCAGAGAGUCCACACAGGAGAAAGGCCGUAUGAGUGCAGCGAGUGUGGGAAAACCUUCAGCUACAAACACAUACUCGUCCAGCACCAGAGAGUCCACACUGGAGAGAGGCCUUACGAGUGCGGCACGUGUGGGAAAGCCUUCAGUAACAAACCCACACUCGUUCGGCACCAGCGAAUUCACACUGGAGAGAGGCCUUAUGAAUGCGGCGAAUGCGGGAAAUUCUUCAGCCAAAGCUCCAGCCUUAGUGAACAUCAGAGGAUUCACACUGGGGCACGGCCUUAUAAAUGUGGUGAGUGUGGAAAAUUCUUCACCUCCAACUCCAACCUGAUUAAACAUCGGAGAGUCCACACCGGAACAAGGCCUUAUGAGUGCAGCCAAUGUGGGAAAUUCUUUAACCAAAGCCCCAGCCUCAUUAAACACCAGAGAAUUCACACUGGCGAAAAGCCUUAUGAAUGUAGUGAAUGUGGGAAACUCUUUAGCCAAAGCUCCACCCUCAUUAAGCACCAGAGAGUUCACACCGGGGCAAGGCCUUACAAGUGCAACGAAUGUGGGAAACUUUUUAGCCAGAGCUUUGGCCUCACUCAACACCACAGAGUCCACACAGGAGAAAAGCCCUACGAGUGCCAUGCCUGUGGGGCAUCCUUUAGCCACAGCACACAACUUACUCAGCACCGGAAAGUUCACACCACAGAGAGCCCUCCCCAGUGCAGGAGCUGUGGAGAAGUCUUCUGCCACCGGUCGGCUCUCAUCGACCACCAGAAACUCCACAGCCCCGCUCAACCUCAUGAGUGCACUGAAUGUGGGAAAGCCUUCAGCCGCAGGUCUAACCUCCUGCGACACCAGAAAGUUCACAGGGGAGGAGGGCCUUAGAAUGAGCAGGGGCUGCACCAUGUCGAGAGCCCAUCCUCACCAUAGUCUGAGCCCAGGGGGUAUAGGGGGCUAGGCUGUACUUUCUAACCUGUCCAGAACCCUCGUGUUGGUCAGUGCAGGUUUCUCCCACGUGUGUCCCAAACACUGUAUGCCUCCGUGUGGAUGGUUUCAUGGCACAGGGUAGCUAUCACUCUAGAGUUUUGGGCACAAGGCCUCCUACGAUAGAAUGAAGGGGAGUCCCAAUUUUUUGGGACUAAUCUUGUGUCCCAGAUGUACUGGUUUGUGGUUGAGUCUGGAGGUUUCCCUGAGAGGAACCAUGUGGGUUUUUGUUUUUUUAAUGUUUAUUUUUGAGAGAGACAGGGCAUGAGCGGGGGAGGGGCAGAGAGAGGGAGACACAGGAUCUGAGCUGUCAGCACAGAGCCCCAUGUGGGCCUCAAACCCAUGGACCAUGGGAUCAUGACCUGAAGUCAGACGCUUACCCAACUGAGCCCCCUGGCGCCCCAAGGAUCAGCUGCUCUUUCUCACAUAGGAUGUCACAGUGCCCCAGCGCUGUUGAGAAGUAGUGCUCUAGGUCCCAAUACAGAGCCCUGUGCCAUCACAUCUGCUGGGCUGGUAUCAUGGAUUCCAGGCACCAGGUAGGAGCCAUCUGUGCGGUACAGACACAGCAAAAUGGGGGGGGGGGCUUGGAAAGUGGAGGGGCUGCGAUGCCUACACCAAUGCCCUGGGGCUACAGCCAAUUUCAGAUAAGGGCCUUGUGGACAACAUUCUGAGGCCCUAUAGAGCUGACAGCACUCCUGUGGCCGGGGUUCUAUUGCACUACAGUUAAAGAAGGUGUUGCGGGCAGGUGUUGAAAACCAAACUCCUGGGAAUGCAGACAUGAAGGCAGCAGGCAUGUGGUCUUUCUGACCCAUGGAGCAUAGCUUGUAAACUGCGGUGCAGUUGCUGGCCAGUGGGACGCGGAGCUGUGUCCUGGGGGGGAGAUUUCAAUUUUCCAAGGUUUUCCCGAUGUUCAGAUUUUUGCGCAAAAGCAUUUCCACUCAGCAUGCGAUAGACUUCAAGUGUACUUGAAAACCAAAAACUGCUGCUGGUAGACUUUAUUGCACGUGCACUCGUGAAACCAUCGGACUCCACCACAGGUCCUUUGUCUUGUAACCUCUGCCUGGAUUCCCAGGCAGACCGUCACUUUUUUUCGUACCUUCACUAGUUUGUGUUCUCUAGAGUUUUACAUGUUGGAAUCUUACUGUGGCUCCUUUUUACGGGUACACAGUAGUAUAUGAUUACUUUGACAAUCACCAUUGAAUAGUUGGAAUUUUUUUUUUUAAACAAGUGGAAGACACCAUUAUUCCCUCAUCCACUCAUCUAAAAAAAAGGACGAAAUAGGGUUUGGGGGUUGUUGCCAGCCUGGCCGUCACAAGGCACAGUUGUGCCGAAUGUACCUCUCCAUCCCCCUAGCAGUGCGAGGCCUGAGUCCCAGCGAACUGAAACAGGCCAAGCUCUCCCCAGGGGGAAAUGGUUGCUCUGAGUUCUGCCAGCGUCCUCACCAGUAGAAGCCUAGUCAUAUUUGUUCCAUCUUCUCCACGAGUGCUUUUCGAAGGUGUGGGAGUGCACUCGCCCCCUGCUCGAAUCCUGCAUUUCCCCUGAGAACUGUGUGCCACCGUAUGUGUGUAUUUGCCAAGUCUACUUGCUGUGGGUGCUGAUGAAAAGUAAAGCAUUGGGACCUCGCUAGUGCAAUAAAAACGUUCAGUGAAAACGUUUAAAAUGUUCUUA